CUCACUGUACAGAGCAAAAUGGACCCAAGCUCCUCUAAUGCCGGCAAAUCUCCUCGGAGUUAUGCGCUCAGCGGCCAGAUCAUGCUCAGCGCGAUCGUGGUGCUCUUCACCGUCGUCCUCCUCAUCCUCUUUCUUCACCUCUACGUCCGCUGGCGCGUCAUUCGCAGAGCUUCCCGCCGUGCGCGUCGCCGCCGGCAACUUGUAUUUGCUUCUGAUGGCCAGCACUCGGUCAAUUGCGCUUCCAAUCGAGGCCUCGAUCCCUCAAUUCUCGCAUCCCUCCCGAUUCUGCUUAUUUCAGACUGCGCAGAGGAAGAUGAUGAAUCAGGGGAAUGCGCGGUCUGUUUGAACGAGUUCAAGGAAGGGGAGAAAAUCCGAUGCCUUCCACGCUGUAAUCACAGCUUUCACAUCGAUUGUAUCGAUAUGUGGUUCUGUUCGCACUCCACCUGCCCACUUUGCCGCGCCACGGUUGAGGUGGUGAAGAAUGGGGCGACGAGCUACUCCAGUGAGACACCUGCUAUUGAUUCCCUGGUUACCACAGGGGAUUCGAACGGAAACGAAUCGUGCUCGUCGUGCCAGCGGGUGGAGGAGAUGGGCUCUUCCUCAUCCGAUUCCGUCCCCGGGGAGGUUACGAUUGAAAUUCCGUCGAUUAGAGCUGAUGCAUCGAACGGCCAGAAUGAGCAGAUAAGUUUAGGGCCCGAAUCGGCGGAGGAUCAGCCUUUGAAAUCAGCGAUUAGCCGGAUGGUGCUAAUCCGGUGGCUUCUAACACGCGAUCCAAGGCUCUACUGUGGCGGUGUUGCAGGAUCCGAGCUUGAUCUAGAGCGCAAUGAUGUUGAAUUGCUGACACCGCCGUCAGUUACAACUGCCGGCGAUCCUACUCGAUAGUGCCGGGCCGAGAUCACACUGGAGCUAAUAUUACGAGCGGAAUUCACAGAUAUGAAUUAAUGAUAUUUGAUAAUUUUAUAGACGUAUUGCAUCAUAACAUCACCGCAGUACCACAAAAUAUUAUCACAUUAACAUCUAUUCAUAUCUAUAAUAUUCGCCGGUAAUGUUUUUGUGGGAACAUGGUAGUGUGUUACUGUAAAGAUUCUCCUCAAUUUUGUUUCGAUUUUUAAGCUUCUAGCUUCGUUUUUCUUUUUUAGCGAAUCCCAUUCGGAGGUGAGGGUUUUUGGGAUAUGAUUUGGCCGAAAGGUCGAUUGUAAAGAAGUUGUAAGUAGUCUUUUAAUAAAGUGAAAGAAUCUUUCUGCAAA